AUCGCAGAGCCCAUGGAGAAAGGCCUGGCAGAGGAUCUUGAGAGCGGGGCAGUGUCACUGGACUGGCCCAAGAAGCGCAUGGCGGAGUUCUUUCAGACCAAGUACGACUGGGACCUGCUGGCCGCCCGCUCCAUCUGGGCCUUUGGCCCCGACCGACAGGGUCCCAACAUCCUGGUGCAUGACACGCUUCCCAGUGAGGUGGACAAGAACCUGCUGGCAACCGUCAAGGAGUUGGUUCUAACUCUUCCCUCCGUUUCUAUCCUCCCUUCCUCUUGCUACCGCGGUCUGUCCCUCCGAACCCCCCGUAUUCCUCACCCCCUUCCCCUUCAGGGGCCCAACAUUCUGGUGAACGAUACUCUUCCCAGUGAAGUGGAUAAGAACCUAUUGGCUGCCGUCAAGGAGUCCGUCAUCCAAGGCUUCCAGUGGGGAGCGAGGGAGGGCCCUCUGUGUGAUGAGCCCAUGAGGAAUGUGCGAUUCAGGCUGUUAGACGCUCUCGUGGCAUCGGACCCGCUGCAGCGGGGGGGGGCGGUCAGGUCAUCCCCACGUCUCGCCGUGUUGCAUAUUCUGCGUUUCUCAUGGCCUCACCUCGCCUCAUGGAACCCGUUUACUUUGUGGAGAACGCAUUCAGCCUACUCUGCUUUCCUCAUGGCUUCGCCUCUCCUCAUGGAACCUGUUCACUUCGUGGAGAUCCAGACCCCUGCGGACUGCAUGUCUGCCAUCUACACGGUGCUGUCGCGCCGUCGAGGUCACGUGACGGGCGAUGCUGCCAAGGCCGGCACUCCCGCCUACAUUGUCAAGGCCAUUCUCCCAGUGAUCGAGUCCUUUGGCUUUGAGACGGAUCUGCGCUAUCACACGCAGGGGCAGGCCUUCUGUGUGUCGGUGUUUGACCACUGGGCCGUGGUGCCGGGGGACCCUCUCAACAAGAGCACACUGUUUCAAUUGAGCCGACUUAUAUUCAAUUUUCCCCUUCACCUGCCCUCCCUUCUUCCUGUGCUUUGUCUCCCCCAGGCCAUUCUCCCAGUGAUAGAGUCCUUUGGCUUUGAGACAGACCUACGCUAUCACACGCAGGGGCAGGCCUUCUGUGUGUCGGUGUUUGACCACUGGGCUGUGGUGCCGGGGGACCCUCUUGACAAGAGCGUCGUGCUGCACCCGCUAGAGCCGGCUCCUGCUCAGCACCUCGCGAGAGAGUUCAUGGUCAAAACUAGGCGGAGAAAGGGCAUGAGCGAGGAUGUGAGCAUCAACAAGUUCUUUGACGAUCCUAUGCUUCUGGAGCUGGCUCGGCAAGACGCCGAGUUGCAACAAAUCCUUUGA